GGGGAAACUACUACUUUCUGUGGACACAAAUCGGUUAAAAAACAUUGUGCAUGUGUAUAUAUUUGCAUGUGUUUUUGUUGUGGGUGUUUACCUGUGUUUGUCUGCAGCUCUGGCUUUGUGCAAAUACUCUCUGGCCGGCAGUCAUGUGACCGAAGCGUCUGCCAAUCGAACCGUGUCAAUCGGAAACGGAGACAACGGCACAGAAAGCACGACAGAUACAGGGCAGUGGACCGGACACUUCUCAAAAUGUCCCGAGGCUUUGACAAAUUACUGCAUCCACGGGGAGUGCCGUUACAUUAAAGAACAGAAUGCACCGUCCUGCAGGUGUCAGCAUGGCUACAUCGGCUCCAGAUGUGAAUAUCUGGACUUGGAUUGGCGAAUUGGAGAAAAACGACAAAUAAUAAUCGCCUGCGUCAUCGCGGGGCUCGUUUUCCUGAUUCUUCUCAUCGUAUUCACCUGUAUUUGUUCACAUCGGAGGUGCCAGUUGUGUUGGCG